AGAACUGGUACAAGCUGUCAACAACGUGUGUGGUUGUUAGAUACAUGUAUUGAUACUUGUAGUUAAUCGAUAAAAAAACGGAUUCUGCAGCUAGCAAACAUCUAUUAUUGAGCAGAGAUGGAAGCGACUGAAAAAAAUUAUGCAUGUAACAGUAGUGAGUUUAGAAGAAGCGAGUUAUCAGACACAGAACUCGAGAUUGUGGGACAACCCUACUCCAUCUCGGUGCUCAAAGUAGGCUAUUGUCUGUCCGAACAGGACGGUUCUUUUCGAGCAGACGGGACUAUCACUCUUCUAACGGGACCUAGAACUAUUCUAGUCGACACCGGAGGACCGUGGGACCGGGACUUUCUAGUGAAACGGCUGAAGGAUAAGCGACUAGACCCGGGUGAUAUCAGCUUGGUGGUGGGAACACAUGGCCACUCCGACCAUGUUGGUAAUCUGGGGCUGUUUCCAGGGGCAACAAUAGUUGUGGGGUGUGACAUCAGUGAGGGGGAUAGGUACCUUCCUAACCAGCUGUCUGAGGGGCAACCCUAUCCUAUUGAUGAACAUGUGUCAAUAGUACCCACUCCAGGCCACACAGGGCGCGAUGUGAGCCUUCUUGUGAAGGGAACCACAAUGGGCACGGUGCUUGUUGCCGGGGACCUAUUUGAGCGUUGCACUGAUGACGACAGUUGGAGAGAACUGAGUGAGAAUCCUGCAGUUCAAGAGGCCAGCCGACAGGAGGCGCUACGCACCUCUGAUGUCAUCAUCCCGGGACACGGGUUGCCGUUCAGGAUCCACAUGGAGGAAGUGGAUGGACGCUCCGGGCUGGUGGUGGCUGGUCCACUCCAGGAAUCUGGACAUCGAGAGGGCCCCGGCGUAUGCUGUUCGAGCUAUCCUGGACUCGAGGCGUCGGGCAAGGGGCCCUCAGUACCUCGUGGAGUGGGAGGGGUACGGUCCGUAGGAGAGAUGCUGUGUGCCGGUGGAGGACGUCCUGGACCCUUCGUUGCUGCGCCUCAUCCUCCGGGUCAUCCCAGAGGUCGGUGUCGGCGCACUGAUGGAGCCGCGCGUCAAGCUGAGGGUACUGUCAUGACUUCCGACGAAGUCGGUCCCUCUCCUUGUUCUGGUGGCGUUCGGCGGUCGACGUCACCGGCCUUCUAGCCACCGCCGAUACACUUUUAAUGUUCCAUUUGUUUUGUCUUUGUUUUACACCCCUGAUUUCAAUCCCACAAUUACUGUUUCAUUAUUUAACCCUCUGUUCCCCCAUGUUUAUUUGUGAGUGAUUGUUUAUUGUAUUUUCGGUCUGUCAUGGUGUGCGUGUAUUUUGUUACUUUGUAUAUUUGACAUUUUGAGUAAAAAAAGCUACACAUAGGACCCAUUACACAUCUGCAUUGGACCAUUGCAUCACGAACCUGCUACAAUAUCUUGAGAGCCCGUGCAACUGAGCAAUUUGCAUACCUACCCAACAUAAACUUAAUAUUUAUUUCUGAAAUAUUUAUUUAUCUAUAUAGGAUCACUGUACUUAAUUAUUGUAAAUUACACCAAUAAUUAAGAAAAUAAAAAUGUAAAAACUUUUUUUUA